AUGUGGUUAGAAUUAGUUUGUCAAGAUCAGGUUUUACCACCCACAAUGACUUUAUCAACUAUAAAAUCACAUAUAUGGAAAACUGGAGGUGAUAUAACAAUGACAUAUAGAUUAAGAAUGAAAAGUGUUUAA